AUGCCGGGGCCGCCGCUGCAGCGCAAGGCCACAAGCGCGGGGCCGCAUGGCCGGCCGCCCGGCCGCGAAGAGCACUGGCCGCCAGGGCCGAAGCCAAAACUGGCCGCCACCGCUGUUACCAGUCGGAGGGGCGUAGCCGCCUGCUCCGGGCCGAAGGGGCGCGACCGCCUCUGCGCCGACCGAAGGGCGCGCCGCCACCGUGGAUCCGGCCGCCAGCGCCAAGCCGCGGACGCCGCCGCAAACUGCGCCGAAUUCGGCCAUGGAUGCCGUCGCCACCGGUGUGUGCUGCGCGAGGCCUCAAGCGCCGGGCCGAGGACGCCGCGCGGGGUCGCCAGCCGCCGGCGCAGGAGCGUCCGCGGGUGUGGGAGGGUGCCACCAACGACGGGCCGUCAGGCACAGGAGCGGUAA